AUGACAACUACUAGCGUGUCUGCGUUGCCUUCCACACUUGUAGGUACAGCGCAAGAAGAUGAGUCUGCAAUUGUUGAUGCAUCUCAGCAAACAGAUGACAGCCCUGAAGAAGAAAUACAGUUAAAAGAAUAUAUUGAUAAAGAUAUUUUUUCUGACGGAGCCCGCCGGGAGCCAGCACCAGAGACACGAACAACAAGAGAGUCUGCUGCAGCAGCAGGAAGAAGAGGUAGUCGCAGCAGCAGCACGCAUAUCCCUCUAGAUGGUCUUCAGAUCCUUGCAUUAGUUGCUGCUAUUGCUGCUAUUGCUGCAGCAAUAGCGCUGCAGCUGCUAGCGUUGAAGACACCGAAAGCUGUGCAGCCGGAGCAGCCAACUCCUGUGCUUCCGGGUGGUGAUGCUGCUGCUGCUGGUGAUGCUGCUGCUGCUGGUGAUGCUGCUGCUGCUGCUCCUGGGGGCAGCCUGCUGCCGUCUCAAACACCUUUAAGCUUACAGUGGCAGCUAGCAGACCUGCAAACAGAAGCAACAAGAUUAACAAGACAAUGGAGGCGCAGCAGCAGCGAUGUGCAGAGACAGUUUCUCAACCUGUAUCUAGAAGAAGAGACAGAAGAAGAGACAGAAGAAGCAGCAAAAGAAGCAGCAGAAGAAGCAGCAGAAGAAGCAGCAGAAGAAGCAGCAGAAGAAGCAGCAAAAGGAGCAGCAAAAGGAGCAGCAAAAGAAGCAGCAACAAACACGCAGACAGGGGUACACCCCAAGCUCGACGUUUUCUACAAGCCUGUUAAACAAUUAGCAGAAGCCGUAUCUGCUUUUGUGGCGCAGCAGCAGCAGCAGCAACAACAACAGCAGGAGCAGCAGGAGCAGCAGGAGCAGCAGCAGCAGCUGCUGCUGCAGCAGCAGGAUAUAUUAACUCGCAUUCUGCUGCUGAAGGCUGGUGUUCAAGCAGCACGUCUGCGUUUAGUUGCGUUAGCUGAAGUAGACGGGCUUCAGCAGAAGCUGGAUGAAGCACAGGCAGAGCAGCUGAUACUGCAGCUGAAGGCGGUACGUCCAGGAGAAGACGAAGCACUUCACAGACAGUAUGUAGAAGAUUAUUAUUGCGGCGAAGAGAUGAUAAACCUGCUAAACAAAGUGUCUCCUCUUGAAGCCCUGGACCCCACAGGCGAGCUGCUGCAGCAGAUCGAAGAGAUGAAGCAGCAGAUUGAUUUACAUAUUGUUACACGCGGUCUAGGCAGCAGCUUUCUUAAAACUAUAGUGUAUCUAAACGCAACAGCAGCUGCAGAUGCAAGCAUCUUUGAUGCAUACAAUCCAUUCGGUGCUGCAGUAGAAACAUUGCUGCAGAUGCAGCAGCAGCAGCAGCAGCAGCAGCAGCAGAAAGAAGAAGAAUCGCGUGCAGGUAAAGGUAUAUUAGAUAUGCCGAUUUCGUCUAUGGAGCUGAUGACAGAGACAGUCGAUGACUUUGAAGCAUAUAAAUCUUUAAAUCCUAUUGCAUCUGGAGCCGUAAGAGAAGCCCUCUUAACUUGGACUGUACAGGCAGUUACGGAUGCUGCGAAGCUUAUCGACGACUGGCAGGAAGAUAUAUAUGCGCAGACAGAAGAGAUUAAUAAAAAACGCAUCCCUGCAACUUUAGCUGAAGAAGAUGAUACAGAAACAAGAGAUGAAAAUGCAUUCCUACUCAGGGUACUCGUCAACCUACUCUAA